AUGUUUUGGGGUACCAUCCUGGUAGGCACCGUCACGGCCUACUGGGUCCUCCGCUACCUCUUUUGCCGUCUCAUGUACCCUAAGCCACUCCCCGGUAUCCCCUAUAUCGAGUCCUCUCUCGAUCGUAUCCUCGGCGACCUGCCUCAGAUUAAGUCUCACAGUCGCAUGACCAAGGAAACCACAGAGGGCAUGUUCGCUGUCGCAAAGCGUCUCGGUUCUCCAAUUGCUCAGCUCAUCUUCCCGGUUUUUCAAUCCCGUCGUAUUGUCAUUGUCGACGACCCCCGCGAGGCAGAGCACAUCCUUUGUCAUCGGCACCAUGAGUUUGACCGGUCAAUUGUCACCUCGCAAUUUUGGCUUCCCCUCUUCCCUCACUCAACGAUCGCGCAGGCUACGACGCCCAAGCUGAAGGCGCAGAAACGCCUCUGGGCAGGUACCAUGAACACCAAGUUUCUCGACCGAGUGGUCGCGCCGAAUAUGUGGUACGCUUCAAUGGAGCUCGUGGAUCUCUGGCGGCUCAAGGCAGUUGCGAGCGACGGAAACGCGUUCGAUGUGGCUAAGGACUUCUCAAAUGCGGCUCUGGACGCGAUUUGGGUGGCAGUUUUCGGUCAGCCGUUGGGUGUCCUUAAGAGGGAGCUGCACGAUCUGGUCAUGGUGUUGGCCAAGAAGCAAGGUAUCAAACCUGAAAUGUUCGACGGCGAGAAGUAUCACACAGAGAAUAUGACUGCGACCGAGAAGAAACGAAUGGAGAAUGCUGCCGUGGUUCAGCAGGCAGUCACUUACAUGAACGAGAUCGUCUUGAUGGGUUUCCGGUCCUUUUGGCCUGCGCUAACGUUCUCCCUGCUCAAGCUGUCGCCGACUUAUCGCCGGUUCAAGAAGGUCACGUAUGGCAAGGUCAAGGAGUUGAUGGCUCAGGCGUGCCAGCGGUACCAGAGGGAGGUGAUGCUCUUUGAGGCUGCCAAUUCCGAUGUCGAGGGCGAGUAUCUGGAUACGUGCGCUAUGGACUUGGUGUUACGCAGGCAGAUUUUGACGGCAAAGAAGGAGGGUCAUCCCAUGGGUGAUCCGACGAAGGACCAGGCUAUGCUGGAGGAGCUGUUACUUCUUUUGUUAGCAGGCCACGAGUCGACCGCCGCUGCACUCUCCUGGUUUACAAACCUCAUCGCUCUGUACCCGAAAGUCCAACGUCAGCUCCGCCGAACUCUCGAGCUGGCUUUUUGCAUGGAUUCUGCUCCCUCGACCCCCUCCACUGAUGCGAUCAACAAGUUAUUUAAGCUCCCUUCCGCCGCGCAGAUUCUCGCGGCCCAAAUCCCCUACCUCGACGCCGUCAUGUACGAGACUCUGCGCUUCGCGCCCCCGACUGGUGCCGUCGUCCGUCAAGCGACAGUCGACACGACCAUCCUGGGCUGUCCCAUUCCCAAGGGCACCCACGUGAUGUUGAACACACGCAUUUUCUAUCCCCCGAAGAAGCUCGAGACUCAUGGCGAGCAGGCUGAAGAUGUCGGUUUGGGCUUUAUUGGGGGGAUGGAGACUGCGGUACGGAGGAGGGACGUGUCCGUGGACAAGGGCCCAUGCGGAAUUACGAAGCUGAGUCGAAGCUGUACCCAGGGCUUCGAGCUUCUUAGGGAUAGCUGGAGCCAUCUUGAGCGUUUUGCGCCUGAGAGGUGGUUGGUCGAGAAGGAUAGUGAAGUGGUCUUUGAUGCGAACGCCCUGCCCAGCUUGGUGUUUGGCGGGGGUUAUCGGGGGUGCUUUGGCCGAAAGCUUGCCAUGCGCGAGCUCAAGAUCAUGAUCACGCUGCUAAUCCUCAGCUUUGAGUUUCUUCCCAUAGAGUCCGGGGAGUCGAUCCUGGCCGGCGAGGAGAGGACUUUCCGUCGCCCCAAAACCUGCCAGGCAUUUAUUGGGGAGUUGAGGUCACUGGUCAAAACUCGGCUCCUGGCACUCGACGACGACAUGUCGAAUGCCUAUGUCAUUCAACAAUUUCAGCUGACUGUCGACGCCUCAGCGCAGAGCACUGAAGUAGUCCAACGCGCAAGGCGUCGCCGCGUCCACCCUCGCAAAAACAAGACGACAGAACAGCCCCCGCAAAACCCGCUUUCGUUGCCGCCGGCCCAGGAACCUGAGCAGACAUUAGACGAAGUCUCACCCGACAGAGAGCCAUCGCCUUCUGCUCAACUUCAAGUCGAGCAGACCCAGGCAGCACAGGCAGAACUUACGCAGGAGCAAGCGCGAACCGCUGAGAACAAUGCUGCCGCUGCCACAACAACAGAGCGCAGUCGUCUCGGGCCCAAGCCCAAGGACCCAACAAAACCGCCGCGUAAGCGAACCAAGAACCCACCAGAAUAUGUUAAACGGAUGAAGUUGUACCAAGAAAUCGACAAGACUGUCACCCCUGAGCAAAUCGAGCAAGCAAAGCGCAACUACGAGCGCAUCUAUCGCCACCAGCAGAUCCACAAGCUGUACCACAGCAUUGACGACUAUGGCAGCGCCGAGUACCUCCGUCGGCCGGGCUACCUGCGGCUGACCGCCCCGUUAUUAGAGGCCAAGAGGCAGAUGAUGGCCCAGCAGCCUGGACAAUGGCAGACGCCGGAUCUUGAGCCGCAUGAGGUCAUGGAGCCGGUUGAUUUGUCGAAGGUGCCUGCACCGGGGACGUUGUAUGAUCCGAACGGCUUGCCGUAUUCGCAGCCUAUUACGGCUUUGCAGUUGCCGAAGGUUAGACCGACGCUGUGUCUGGGCCCGUAUGACACGUUUGAAGAGGGGAAAAAUGCAGCGAUCCAGUAUGCUGUGGUGCAGGGAUACAUGCUCAUCCAGCAGUCUUCUGUCCGUGAGAAGGAUAAGGACGGCAAGUACCUGCGCGACUCACCCAUUUUGCGUGUGGAUCUGCUGUGUGAUAGGGCUGGCCAGUGCUACAGCCAGGCGAAGACUGAUCGGCGACGGCCAACGCACAAGCUGGGGUGUCCGGCACAUUUGGUCCUGCUCAGGAGGAGGCGUGAUGGGAAUAAGUGGUUCAUUGAUCCCAGGUGCGAGUACCAUAACCAUGAUCUUGUGCCGGAUGAUAUGGAGAGUAUCGCGGCGUAUCGGCGGUGGAAGAGACAGAUGGAGGGUCUACCUAAGGAGACCAAGCAUGAGGCGUAUCUAAGGUUGCGAGCGAGGAAGAUGAAGUUUGCUGGACAGGGCCAGGCCGGUACCAGUCAGGGAGUGUCAACGUCUCAGUCAUCCGCACAGACGCCGAUUCCACAAACGUCCCCUCAGCAGAUGAUGUCCACGCCAAGUCUAGCAUCACAGGCGGCAUACGCACAACAAGCUCUCCAGCAUCACCAGCAUCGGAACAUGUCUGCUCAAACCUUGCCCCAGACAAGCUCUCAAGCCAUGCUGUCCUACCAACAGCAACAACAGACCGCAGCUCGAAUUCCCUCCCCACAAUCCCUCCCUCCACUUCAUUCCCAGCAUCAGCAACAACAACAACCACCCUCUCAACCCACCCAACAACAACAACAACAACGACAACAACAACAACCGCCUACCCAAUCCCAAUCCCAAUCCUGUCGCCAACAAAACCAACCACCCCCCAACCCAACCUCCCCUCUCCACAUGGCCGCCUUCAAAGGCCAGCUCAAGAUCCUCACCAUGCUUCUCGACCGCGGCGCAGACGUUAACAUGCUCGAUGGGACAGGGCGCACACCCCUGCACUGUGCCAUUGAGGGAAAGCAGCUCCGUGCUGUCCAGAUGCUGGUACUGCGGGGAGCAGAUAUCUCCAGGGAAAAUAGCGACGGGCUGAGUCCACUGCAUAUGGCUGUUGAAAGCGGAGAAGAGGAAGUUGUGGCGGUUUUGUUGGAUAGGGGGGCGGAUCCGAAUCGGUAG